AUGGUCUUAAGGCUCAGCAGAUCCUCCCGCAGUUUAAUCGGUUACCCGCUCCGUCGCAUAUCCAAUCAAACCCGUGCUUUACACCAUCUCACAAACCCUAACCCCAAUCGCAAAUUUGUUCUCUUCAAUCCCCACGAGACAUUCCUCAACGACGUUUUCAUAUCGGUUCUUCCGGUCGACGGCAGCCAGCGCAUCUCACCGGAAAAAAAAUUCUACUUCUAUCCGCCCAAGUCCGAGCCGUUGUGUCCCUUCGGCAUUAUUGACGUCCAUAGAGACUUCACCCCGUCGUCUCCUGAUUAUUGGCCUCGAUGCGUCUAUGGUUGUGGUCGGCCCAGCAGCUGCCAUGGCUUAUUUUGCGCUGGGUUCGGAUUCGACCCGCUAUCUAAAGACUAUAAGGUAUUGAUGUUUGUCGACAACAGCGACAGCCUAGAAUAUAAUGAAGACGAUCCCUGUUAUGAGGUGUGUUCCCUCAAGACUGGUUCUUGGCGUCCUGUAUCCAAUAAUCCUCAACCUCCGUCAGAUGAUUACUCAAUAUUCUGUGACUCUGUUUACAUAGAUGGGAUUUGUUAUUCACUUGCACGUGACAACAGUUCAAGGAGUCUUUUCGGCAUAGUUUCCUUCGACUUUGCCACUGAAGAAUUCUCGUGGUCCAGAUGGCGACAUGUAAACGACAAGUGUUUUUGGCCUCGUGGGUUUUGUCUGGUAGAAUAUGAGGGGUUGCUCGGUUGUGUUCUUUUUCAUGAGGUGGAAGGCAUGACGAAAUUCCAUUUGUUGGUUAGAGAGAAUGAGUCGUGGUCUCAGGUGACCAGCUUCCGUGUUCCUGGAGCAUGUAGACCCGUGGCGUGCUUGGGUAAAGACAAGUGGUUUUUCAAAGGAAAAAAUGAUGAGCUGCUGUUUUCAAAGCCUGUCUGCAUUUAUGACUUGCCCAAGUAUGGAGAAAUUAUUCCUUUUGUGGAAAGCACAAUCUGGCCCUGUGCUAUAAGGAAUAAGCCCGAUGGCGGGCAGUCUUAUUACAAUCAGACCGUCUUGUGUAGUCAGAUGGACGAGCCUUUUAAUCCAAUCCAACCGUUUUCGUUUGUAUUCUCCGAUGAUCAUGUGUUGGUGGACUCGGUCGGUGGUGUUUCCUCUUACUGCCUCGUCUCUCACCGUUACAAUGAUAGCAGUAAAGUAAGCAAUGAUUUAGCCUCGGGGAAGCCAAGGUCAAAACGAAAUGAUCCCUUACACUCCAUUCCUGAGGACCUGAAUAUAUCCCAUCUCGUUUGUAAGUUACACUAUUACGUCGACCUACAGGAUAUCCAAGUUAGCCAGAAUUACGAAAAGUCGAGCUUAACUUGGAGUGAUCGUCUUAGAAGCGGCCAUUUUCUGGCGAAGGUUCAAACAAAUUAUAAAGCAAAAGUCCACCAAAUUGAUUAUAAACGCGACUUCAGAACAGCUCUGUUCCGAACAUGUCCUAAAGUCGGGGACAUACUUAUUACCCCAACAGCUGAGGGCGUCGUCGAGGAGCUGCGGGCGUCGAGUGUGCUCGCUGCGUGUCAGAUAAGGCUCAGCACAUCCUCCCGCAGUUUAAUCGGUUACCCACUCCGUCGCAUCCCCAAUCAAACCCGUGCUUUGCACCAUCUCACAAACCCUAACGCCAAUCCCAAAUUUGUCCUCUUCACUCCCCACAAGAUAUUCCUCAACGACGUUUUCAUAUCGGUUCUUUCGGUCGACGGCCGCCCGCGCAUCACACCGGAAAAAAAUUUCUACUUUGAGCCCCCAGAGUCCGAGCCGUCGUGUCCCUUCGGCAUAUUGACAUCGAUAGAGACCUCACCCCGUCUUCUCCCGAUUAUGGGACUCAACACAUUUGUGGUUAUGGAUAGUGCAAAUUAUUGCGAGGACUCAAAUACAGUUGUGGUGUUAAACCCAUUAAUUAAUGAGUUCAAAUCUCUCGACUGCUCCCCCAUCAGACGGCGUCUCCUCGCUGAAUGUAAUAGCUUAGUUUGUGCUGGGUUCGGAUUCGACACUGUUUCUAAAGACUAUAAGGUAUUGAUGCAUGUCGACAACAUCUUCAGCCCCAAAUACAAUCCCGACGAUCCCUGUUAUGUGGUGUGCUCCCUCAAGACUGGUUCUUGGCGUCCUGUAUCUAAUAAUCCUCAACCUCCGUCAGAUGAUUCGCCUAGUGUUUACUCAAUAUUCUGUCACUCUGUUUACAUAGAUGGGAUUAGUUAUUCGCUUGCACUAGAUCACAAAUCCGAGAGUCUUUUCGGCAUAGUUUCCUUCGACUUUGCCACUGAAGAAUUCUUGUGGUCCAGAUGGCGACAUGUAAACGACAAGUGUUUUUGGCCUCGUGGGUUUUGUCUGGUAGAAUAUGAGGGGUUGCUCGGUUGUGUUCUUUUUCAUGAGGUGGAAGGCACGACGAAAUUCCAUUUGUUGGUUAGAGAUAAUGAGUCGUGGGCUCAGGUAACCAGCUUCUGUGUUCCUGGAGCAGAUAGACCAGUGGCGUGCUUAGGUAAAGACAAGUGGUUUUUCAAAGGGAAAAAGGAUGAGCUGCUGUUUUUCGAUCCAACCGCUGUGGACCCAAAGCCUGUCUGCAUUUAUGACUUGCCCAAUUAUGGAGAAAUUAUUCCUUUUGUGGAAAGCACAAUCUGGCCCUGUGCUAUAAGGAAUAAGCCUGAUGGCGAACGAUACUGA